CAUACUGAUCACCUGGUUCGGCGACGGAAGUAGAGAGGGCUUCAGUCUGGGGCAAUAAAUCGGAUAAUAGUGAUCAUCAUGUGAGCGCGUACGUCCUGCCGGUGUUGCAGGAUUUCAGAUUUCAUACAGCUGCUUACGGAGUGGCAAGCAUAGCGCGGUCACAAAUGACUGUGGUAAAGGUGUAGGUGUCUAGCGAUGAGGCUAUCUUAAUCCUGGAGCGUCUCCAUGGAUUGAUUAGUGGGACUAAUCCACAGUCCUACAUUUCACUAAAACCAUUUGAGUUUGGGCCAGGAUUUCAACGUGUCCACACCAUCGGUCAUCAGUAAGGUUCAUUGUAAGUGUGCUCCAAGUCUAAAAUACUUCAGUUUGCAACUAGGUGCAAAAGGUGAAAGUGAUCUUUUUUGUUCGCAUUUACUGCAGAAGAUAUGCUGUAACUGGGACGUUGCAGAGCUGGAAACGCUGUCACCAUGAAAGGCCCCGGCUCCAGAUGGGCCCUUUUUCUGGGUUUCCUGGCAGGAGCCUGCAGCAUGUAUGUCUUCCUGCACCAGGUGUGGUUUGAGAGAAGCUACCCCGUGCUGUCAGAGGCUCAGGAAAAGGCCGCAGUGGCAAGCGAGGCACCACCUACCAGCUGGGCGAAGGAGGGAUCUGCGCUCAUCAACCUGCUCCACCCUCACCGUCCAGAUGAAGACACCUUGGUGGCCGAUGCUUUGUAUCGGAAAGUGCGUAUUCUCUGUUGGGUCAUGACGGGGCCGUACAACUUGCAGAGCAGGGCCCGCCAUGUCAGGGCCACCUGGAGUCGCCACUGCAACAUCGUGGUGUUCAUGAGCUCCGUGGAGGACCUUGACUUUCCUACAGUGGGUUUGGGCACCAAGGAAGGCCGCGAUCAGCUCUACUGGAAGACCAUCCGGGCCUUUCAUUAUGUUUACGAGCACCAUGCGAAUGACGCAGACUGGUUCUUAAAGGCAGACGACGACACCUACGUGGUCGUGGACAACCUGCGCUGGAUUCUGUCCAACCACACCCCCGAAGAACCCGUUUAUUUUGGAAAACGCUUCAAACCUUACACCAAGCAAGGCUACAUGAGCGGGGGGGCAGGCUACGUGCUCAGUAAAGAAGCACUCAGGAGAUUUGUGGAAGGUUUCCGUACCAAGGUUUGCACACACACCACGCCUGUAGAAGACCUCGCACUGGGGCAGUGUCUGGAGAAGAUGGGCGUUGUGGCUGGGGACUCCAGAGAUACUUUGCAUCGGGAAACCUUUCACCCUUUUGUGCCGGAGCACCAUCUAACUGGCAAGUUCUCCAAGAGCUUCUGGUACUGGAGCUAUUGUUAUUACCCGAUUGUUGAGGGUCCUCAGUGCUGCUCAGACAUGGCGGUAUCUUUUCAUUACGUGGAAGCAGAGCUGAUGUACACACUGGAGUACUACACGUACCACCUGAGAGCGUAUGGCUACGUGCCACGCUACCAGCCCUCUCUACGCCGAGGCCUAAGCCUCAGCCUCAGCACGCUCUCGCAGACGGCCGUGACAGCGGGGAUGAAAGAAGGUCAGGAGGCGGCAGAUGAAAAAAGUCACACAACCGCCGCCUUUACCGUCAGCGGAAACCAAACCAACGUAGGGACGGAGAAAGAGGUGAAAAACAGUCUAUACUCGCACCUCUUUGAGGACAGGACUCCAGUCCUACGAGACAGACACCACUGAUGUGUUUUAGCCGUAGCUAAAUGUGUUACCACUGCAAUGUGUUCACACUGCUCUUAGUAGAAAGUACGACUGUCCCCCACCCACGCAGUGUACUGACUUCCUAGAUCUGACAGCACUAGGUUUCGUGUGACACAAUAAAGUCUCAAAGAGCGAGUGGUUAAUGUUUGAAUAUGUUCCAGGGUCAGGUAGCUGUAUAGCUGCACAACCAGUUUAAACACAUACAUUUGUAUAGUUAUGUUUUAGAUCACCAGUGUUUGAAUUACAGACAGAAUUUUGUGAUUCUGCCCCAGUGUGUUUGGAAUAACAGUAUUAUCAGUACACGAGGACACCUGGGACAAUGAUACAGUACGAGAUGACUGAAAUUAUUUUAUGAAGAAGUUAUUCUUAUUUUUUUUAUCCGUUUUUAAUUAAUCGGUUUUUGUGUUGAUCGAGAGAAGCCACACGUCACAAAAUGUUUAGCAUUUUUUUUUAUCGCCACAUGCUUCUUUUUAUGUUAAAAUUUUUAAAUUGUAUUACUAUUAACCUCUUUUUAACAAUAUGCAAACAUUCAUUUUUCUGUGUCUUUGUACUCUGCCUUUUGAUUUUGUCUUGCGAAACAUUAAUGAUGACAAUUAACGCAGAUUUUAAAUCUGGAACCGAGAGUAAUAUAAUGUUUGAGGAAUAAAUGCAAGUUGCUGUAAAAA